GAUGGUCCUUGGAUCCCACCUACUUUUAUCGAGGAGCCACAAGAUGUCAUUUUUCCUUUGGAUUUAUCAAGAUCUGAGAUCAUCCUGAAUUGUGCUGCUAAUGGUUACCCUUCACCCCAUUAUAGGUGGAAUCAAAAUGGCAGAGAGAUUGAUUUUGCCAUGAGUUAUCACUACAAGUUAGACGGAGGCAGCUUGGCCAUCAGCAGCCCCCGCACAGAUCAAGACGCUGGCACGUACCAGUGCCUGGCCACCAAUCUUCUGGGGACCAUUCUGAGUCGGAAGGCAAAGCUUCAGUUUGCAUAUAUCGAAGACUUUGAAACCAAAACAAGAAGCACGGUGUCUGUCCGGGAGGGACAAGGUGUGGUUCUUCUCUGUGGCCCGCCACCACAUUUUGGAGAUUUAUCCUAUGCCUGGACCUUCAAUGACAACUCUUUGUAUGUCCAAGAGGACAAGAGGCGGUUUGUAUCUCAAGAGACAGGAAACCUGUACAUUGCUAAGGUGGAGCCCUCGGACGUGGGCAACUACACCUGCUUCAUAACCAACAAGGAGGCCCGGAGGAGCGUCCGAGGACCCCCCACGCCUUUAGUGCAACGCACCGAUGGUGUGAUGGGGGAAUAUGAACCAAAGAUUGAAGUCCGUUUUCCUGAAACUAUACAAGCCGCAAAGGAUUCAUCUGUAAAACUGGAAUGCUUUGCCCUUGGAAAUCCAGUCCCUGAUAUUAGUUGGAGGAGGUUGGACGGAAGCCCGUUGCCAGGGAAAGUCAAAUACAGCAAAUCCAAAGCCGUCCUGGAAAUCCCCAGCUUCCGACAAGAAGAUGAAGGCUUCUAUGAGUGCCUUGCAGGCAAUCUUCGAGGAAGAAACCUGGCCAAGGGUCAGCUGAUUUUUUAUGCUCCUCCAGAAUGGGAACAAAAAAUCCAAAAUACAUACCUCUCUAUCUAUGACAGCUUGUUUUGGGAGUGCAAAGCUAGCGGAAAGCCAGCUCCCUGGUAUACGUGGUUGAAGAAUGGCGAACGCAUCCACCCAGAGGAGAGAAUUCAAAUAGAUAAUGGCACGCUCAUCAUAACUAUGCUGAAUGUGUCGGAUUCUGGUGUCUACCAAUGCACUGCAGAAAACAAGUAUCAGAUCAUUUACGCAAAUGCAGAGUUGAGAGUUUUAGCCUCUGCUCCGGAUUUCUCCAGAAUCCCUAUUAAAAAAAACUCCGUUGUUCAAGUUGGUGGGGAAAUUGUUAUCGAAUGCAAACCAAAUGCUUUCCCCAGAGCUGCUAUCUCUUGGAAAAGAGGGACAGAGAACGUGAGACAGAGCAAAAGAGUGUUCCUAUUGGAGGACGGUAGCCUUAAGAUAUAUAAUGUUACCAGGUCGGAUGCUGGAUCAUAUACCUGUGUGGCCACAAAUCAAUUUGGCAUUGCAAAGAGUACUGGCAGUCUCGUGGUCAAAGAGAGGACUGUCAUUACGGUCCCCCCUUCCACAAUGGAUGUCACCGUGGGCGAGAGUAUCGUCCUCCCCUGCCAGGUGUCCCACGACCCCUCCAUGGACGUGGUGUUCCUGUGGUCUUUCAACGGCGAUGUCAUCGACUUAAAGAAGGGAGUGACUCACUUUGAAAGGAUCGGAGGAGAAUCCGUCGGGGAUCUGAUGAUACGGAAUAUUCAGYUGAGCCACUCGGGAAAAUAUGUCUGCACGGUGCAGACGACUCUGGAACGUCUGUCGGCUGUGGCCGAUGUCAUCGUUCGGGGUCCUCCAGGUCCCCCGGAGGAUGUGAGAGUAGAACACAUUUCUAGUACCACCUCCCAGCUAAAGUGGACCCCAGGCCCGGAUAACAACAGUCCCAUUCAAAUAUUUACAAUUCAGACUCGGACACCUUUUUCUGUGGGUUGGCAAGCUGUUGCUACAGUCCCUGAAAUUCUCAAUGGUCAGACACACAAUGCCACGGUGGUCGGUUUGAGUCCCUGGGUGGAGUAUGAAUUCCGGGUUGUCGCAGGGAAUAGCAUUGGCAUCGGAGAGCCGAGUAAGCCAUCGGAAUUGUUGAGAACCAAGGCGUCAGUGCCUGCGGUGGCCCCGGUAAGCGUUAGCGGAGGUGGAGGAAGCCGAUCCGAACUCGUCAUUACGUGGGAGUCCAUUCCAGAAGAACUGCAGAACGGAGAAGGGUUUGGAUACAUCGUCAUGUUCCGGCCCGUGGGCUCGACCACCUGGACCAGGGAGAGAGUCGCCUUUGUGGAAUCCUCCAGGUUCAUCUACCGCAACGACAGCAUCACGCCCCUGUCUCCCUUUGAAGUCAAAGUCGGGGUCUAYAAUAACGAAGGAGAGGGCUCCCUGAGCCCCGUGUCCAUCGUCUACUCYGGGGAAGACGAACCUCAGCUGGCCCCAAAGGGAACUUCCGUCCAGAGUUUCUCUGCUUCUGAAGUGGAGGUGUCRUGGCACGCUAUUGCCUGGAACAGGAACACAGGACGAGUGCUAGGCUACGAGAUCUUAUACUGGACGGACGACUCCAAGGAAUCCAUGGUCGGUCGGACCCGGGUCAGUGGAAAUGUCACCACCAAAAACAUCACGGGACUGAAAGCCAACACCAUCUACUUUGCUUCGGUGAGAGCUUACAACACGGCAGGGACAGGUCCCUCAAGCCCCCCGGUCAACGUCACCACCAAAAAGUCCCCCCCCAGCCAACCACCCGCCAACAUUGCCUGGAAGCUCUCCAACUCCAAGUUAUGCUUGAACUGGGAGCACGUGAAGACCAUGGAAAACGAGUCUGAAGUGUUGGGCUACAAGAUUCUGUACCGGCAGAACAGACAGAGCAAGACUCACAUUUUGGAAACCAACAACACCUCCGCGGAGCUCCUGGUUCCCUUUGAAGAAGACUACUUGAUAGAGAUAAGGACCGUCAGCGACGGCGGGGACGGCAGCAGCAGUGAGGAGAUCAGAAUUCCAAAAAUGUCCAGUCUGAGUUCCAGAGGAAAUCAAGUCUCAGAACCUCGCACCCAUUUCCUGUCCGUCACCCUACCAAUUUUUACCGUUUUGCUAUUCAGCCGCUUAGACGAUGAAUAG